UCCCGCCUCUCUACUGCCCUCUGCGCACUCCUUAGCUCCCCUCUCUGCCUGUGCUCUUCCUUUGUUCCUGUGAUGAUUCUCUGAUCUCAACUGAAAUGCAUUCUCAAAAAAAAUCUUGAUAGUAAAGAUUAAUCAGACUUCAGGCUGAGCAAACACUUUGAAAUUGUAUUAUGCUAUAGAUAUUAGAGCUGUGAAUCUUCACUGGCCUCAUGAUUUGAUUACGAUUCAAAGGGUAAUGAUUCUCGAUGCAUCACGAUGCAUCUUGUCCUUCAAUUUCUUUCUUUUUUCAGUUUCUUCAAAAUGUAUUUUUUACUCUAUAUUUUCCCUUUCAGCAUUUAUUUAACAGCUGUUUUAAAAAAUCAGAACGAGUCACAUUACAUAAACUGGCCUUUUCCAUUCAGUAUGAGCUGUGAACAAAACAUGGAACUUCCACAAGAUUAAAUAAAUGGUUCUAUAGUUUAAACGAGUAUCUCAGUUUUUCAGUUUCUUUCUUUAGAACCUUAUAAAAAAAUCUCUUAAAAGCACAAGAAAAGAAAUAUUGGUUCUCCAUCAAAACACACUGAAUACUAUGACUUCAACUGAUUAUAUUAUUUUUUUUAUUUUGGUUUAAGCAUUGUAAAUAAUUUAAUAGUAUUUAAUUAUUAUUUGAAAUUAAUCUAUGCCAUGCUAUUCCUUUUAAUUUAACCACAACUGGAAGUUGCUGAUCCAGGAUGAGAGAUAUAUCUGCUUCUGUGAGAGUUCAGCUGUCAGCUUCUCCUCUCCUCACCUGCACAGGUCAUCGUCAUGUCAGGUCAGGAGACCAUCCGGGUGUUGGAGGUAGAGGUCGAUACAGCCCUGUCCUCUUCAGGGGUCGAUGGGAAGGUGGAGUCAGGUGGCGAAGAGGGGGGAGGACAGACCCUGGAGGCAGUGGAGGAGGCAUUGGAUAGUCCAGUUACCACAAAUGAAACCACAGCAGUGUCUGUGGAGGUGUCAUCAUCCGGAGUCCAGACUGUGGUCUCCAAACCCCCCAUCAGUGUGACACAAGCUCAGCCCCAGACCAGCGUACCCAUCACUGUUCAGGCGUGCCCACAGGUCCUGACUCAGGAUGGUUUGGCUUCUCUGAUGACUGGCAUGCUUGCUCAGCAGGGUUCUCUGGGUCAGCCCAUGCUCAUCCCUCUGAGCAUGGCUGGAUCUGUUGGGGGUCAGGGUGGUCUGGCCGUGCUCACCUUACCCACUGCUACUUUCGCCACCUUACCUAGUCUCGCUGCUGCCAGCCCUGCUGGAGGACUGCUGAAACUGCCGUUUGCUGGACUGCAAGCUGCAACCGUGUUGAACUCUGUCCAGACACAGCUGCAGUCACCUGCACAGGCGGUUCUGCAGCCCCAAGUUUCUGCACUACAGUCCAUACAGGCAGCCGUGCAGCCAACACAGAUGACACCAACCACCACUGUGUCUGCUGUGCAGAAAGCAUCAGAGCCCAGCGCUUCUGUUGCAGCACUUCAGACUGCAGGCCUGUCCAUCAACCCUGCUAUUAUCAGCGCUGCCUCUCUGGGCGCACAACCACAGUUUAUUAGCUCUCUUACCACAACUCCCAUCUUUACCAGUGCCAUGUCUAAUGUGGCAGGACUGACAAGUCAGCUCAUUACCAACUCACAGGGCCAGGUGAUUGGAACACUUCCUCUGCUGGUGAACCCUGCGUCAUUGGCUGGUGCUGCAGCUGCCUCUGCAUUGCCCGCUCAAGGCCUGCAGGUCCAGACCGUGUCCCCACAGCUGCUCGUGAACUCCCAGGGUCAGAUCAUUGCUACUAUAGGGAACGGCCCGACUGCUGCUGCUCAGUCCACCGCAUCUGUCCUGCCUAAAGCCACUGUGCCCCUGACACUCACCAAGACCACUACACAGGGUUCUGUUGGGAAAGUGGUUCAGUCUAAAGUGAUCAUUGCUCCGCAGCCUACAGCGGGAAAAGCAGUCACAUCCCUCUGCUCUGCUGGUGCCAUCGCCUGUGGAGACAUGCCAACCGUUGGCCAGCUUGUCAGCAAGCCACAGUCAGGUGUGCAUGAAGAAGAGGCCAUUAAUCUGGAGGAGAUCCGUGAGUUUGCCAAGAAUUUCAAGAUUCGACGGCUCUCUCUGGGCCUGACACAAACACAAGUGGGCCAAGCUCUCACUGCUACAGAGGGGCCUGCAUACAGUCAGUCAGCCAUCUGCAGAUUCGAGAAGCUUGACAUCACCCCCAAAAGUGCCCAGAAGCUGAAACCUGUGUUGGAACGCUGGCUGGCGGAGGCUGAACUCUGGAACCAGAAAGGUCAGCAGAACCUGAUGGAGUUUGUCGGCGGAGAACCCUCCAAGAAGCGCAAACGGAGAACCAGCUUCACGCCGCAGGCCAUCGAAGUCCUCAACACUUACUUUGAGAAAAACUCCCUCCCGACCGGACAAGAAAUCACAGAGAUUGCCAAGGAGCUGAAUUAUGACCGAGAGGUGGUUCGCGUCUGGUUUUGUAACCGUCGACAGACUUUGAAAAACACCAGCAAGAUCAAUGUGUUUCAGGCCCAGUAGGAUGACAGAGUGUCUGAGAAUGCAAGAAACCUUUUGAAAGCUGGUGUUGAAUAAAUGGUUGGAAUAUUGGUGCUAGUCACAACAUGACUGAAAUGACUGAUUUGCGGUUAAGACGAAGCCAGCUGCACUUGAAUGAAGUGAGGUCCUAGCGUAGUGUCAAACAUACUCAUUUCCGUUAUGCUGCAUGCAGUGAAUUUUUUGGCGUGCCACCACAAUUUUUGAUGCGGAAAAGGCUUUUGAACUAUUUAAAAUGUUGAAGAAGCUAUGAGUCCUAAUCGCCGUGUUUAUAGAAAAAAAAGCACUUCGUCAAUACACUAAAAAGUUAAAUGUGCAAAAUAUUCCCCCCCAUAUAUUUACUUGUUUUGCAGUAACUAAACUGACAUUAUUCUUCAUAGAUGUCAUCUGAUUAUUUUCUGUUGCAACUGCAGCUAUAGGUCUAGACUGAAUACAUUAAAAUACAUGUAGGUUGUAAUUCAAUGAUUUGACUGAACCUCCCAUUUAUAGUGUUCAUGUUGUUUAGCUGUACAUUACCUGAUACUGGUGUUUAUGAUCUUUGACCAUCAAAAACCAUCCAUUAGAGAGUGCAUGUUCUUGUCCAUGCCAACAGUGGUUCCCUUGUCUUUGUGCUUAUAUACAGUAGGUGUAGUUUGGUCAAGUGUAUACUGGACAAUCAUAAGACUCAGAAAGCAUGCCCUGCUUUUAUGUGGCGAAAUCCACAGUACUCAGUCAUCAACAUUCAUUUUGUCAGAGAUGUGUAUGAUUGCAGUGGAGGUAUGUCUGUCUGUUGAUUUAUAUAGAAAAUGUAUACUGUUGAGAUGACAAUGACUGACCUUUAUUGUUACUGUUAUAGAGUUUUUGCCAUAAGUCUUGGAAAAAGCAAACUCUUAUGUCAGGAAAUGCUUUUAAAAAGAGAAUGAAAUCUAUAAAUAUAUGGGGCACUUAAGAAACAAUCAAGUAGUUGAUUGAAGAGUCAUAAAACAUGUUAAGUGUUAUAGGACAUUAUCAAAAAUGCAUUUUGCCAUUAUUGAAUUUGGAUUGUAAACUCCUUUAUGAGAAGUUGUCCCUUGAGACAUUGUGACAAUACAACAAUAUUCACAGUUCAUAUGAGUAUUUUUCAAAUUUGUAACAUGAAACAGUUCAGCGUGUUGUAACGUGUUUCACAUGUUUAUGUUCUAAGCAUAAACCGAUAUUGUUCUUAUGGACCUUCAGUAUUUAUCUAAUGGAUUCUUAUCUUAAUUGGUACAAUGCUAUAAAUAUUAAUGUUGGAAGAAGGAAUGGUAUAAGCAAUUAGUGUUUUAACUAACGCUAUGAGCAUAAAAAACAAACUUUUCAACAUUUUAAUUCACGCAGAGAUGGAUUUUAAAACAACGCUUAAAAAUUGCAUUUACAGAUCCAUUAACAAUAUUUAUUUUGUAUCAAUUGUAAUGUUUAGUAUUAACUUGUUAUUUUAAUAAAUUAACACUAAACAGACAUGAUGUUAUAUAUGACUUCUCUGAAAUCUCUUUUACUCUCCAUAAAGGUAAGUAGGCUACUUUUGGAAACAGUACAUUUUUUAACAUGUACCGACACUAUUUAUGUUUGUAUCACAAUCUGAACAAAAACAGACUAGAUAGAAAUUUCACAAGCUGAUUUUCAAAACAUAGAUGAAAAGAAUUUGAAAAAAAUCUGGUUCAUUUUAAAUGACUGUCCUAUAAAUAUGGAAUGGUAAAGGUAAUAUACUUAAAGAACUUGUUGCGACCCUUAAGAAAUUUCACCUUGGUAACACUAACUAUAGUCUGACAUUUUAGUGGAAAUCCAUAACUGUUUCUAUUCAUUAAGUUAUAAAUGGGUGAUUCCACGAUUGUGGUGCAUUUAGGGUUUUCACCUCUUGAAAAUCAAACUUAACUUUCUGUUAAUUAUCAACAUUUAAUCUAAGAAAACGCACUUUUGGCCAUUCAAAAAGUGUUUAUGCCUAUCUCAGGCCUUAAGGUUUUUUUUACAAGUGUUUUUUUUUUUUUUAUGUGCAAUGACUGCAUGUUCUCAACCCUUUUACUAAGAUUUGUUAAAUUCUUUGAAUAUUAUAUUUUAAUGUAUACAAAAUAAAGUACAUAU